UGUGCAACGAAACUGAUGUUAUUUGAUGACAUUGAUCGAACAGGGAAAACAUUCCCUACCUAUGACCCUCGUACCGGAGAAGUGAUUGCACGUGUUGCUGAAGGUGACGCCGAAGAUAUUAACCGAGCAGUAGCCGCUGCUUGCAAGGCGUUCAAGGGACCGUGGCCAAAAAUGACUCCCUAUGAACGGUCACGGAUUCUUUUGCGGUUUGCCGAUUUGGUCGAGAAACAUAGUGAGGAGCUCGCGGCAUUGGAGACAUGGAAUAAUGGAAAGCCUCACGAGCAGGCUGCUAAAUCUGAAUUGCCGUUGCUCGUACGGCUUUUUCACUACUAUGCAGGUUGGACAGAUAAGAUCCAUGGGCUAACAGUUCCGGCUGAUGGACCUCACCACGUUCAGACAUUGCAUGAGCCAAUAGGUGUUGCAGGACAGAUUAUUCCAUGGAACUUUCCUCUUCUCAUGUUUGCUUGGAAGGUUGGCCCUGCAUUGGCAUGUGGCAAUACCAUUGUCUUAAAGACUGCUGAGCAAACUCCUUUGACUGCUCUCUAUGCGGCUAAGCUGUUCCAAGAGGCUGGUCUCCCUCCAGGUGUCUUGAAUGUAGUUUCUGGCUAUGGUCCUACAGCUGGUGCUACUCUUGCCAGCCACAUGGAUGUAGACAAGGUUGCAUUUACAGGAUCAACUGAUACUGGUAAGGUUGUGCUUGAAUUGGCUGCAAGAAGCAAUCUUAAGCCAGUAACGUUAGAGCUCGGAGGAAAAUCACCAUUCAUAGUAUGCGAAGAUGCUGAUGUUGACCAAGCUGUGGAGCUUGCCCAUUCUGCCUUGUUCUUUAAUCAGGGGCAAUGCUGCUGCGCUGGGUCUCGCACUUACGUUCACGAACGUAUAUACGAGGAGUUCAUAGGGAAAGCAAAGGCACGUGCACUGAGACGUAUUGUUGGUGAUCCCUUCAAGAAUGGUGUUGAGCAAGGUCCUCAGAUUGACACGGAGCAGUUCGAGAAAGUUCUAAGGUACAUAAGAUCAGGAAAGGAAAGCAAGGCAACCCUUGAAUGUGGAGGUGACAGACUUGGAACAAAAGGAUACUUUAUCCAGCCAACUGUUUUCUCAAAUGUUACGGAUGAUAUGCUGAUAGCAUAGGAUGAAAUCUUCGGGCCAGUGCAAUCUAUCCUUAAGUUCAAGUAAGUAUUGAUUGGCCUCGGCUCUAAAUAGAUGAAAUAUUUUGCAGCUCAUAUGAAUCAUGCUUCAUUCGUGCCAGGGAUAUUGAUGAAGUGCUCAGAAGGGCGAACACAACCCGAUACGGUCUAGCAGCAGGAGUGUUCACCCAAAAUAUAGAUACAGCAAACACGUUGACGAGGGCGUUGAGGGUGGGGACAGUUUGGAUUAAUUGCUUCGAUGUGUUUGAUGCUGCAAUUCCUUUCGGUGGGUACAAGAUGAGUGGCAUUGGAAGGGAGAAAGGGAUAUACAGUCUUCAUAACUAUUUGCAGGUGAAGGCUGUGGUUACUCCUUUGAAGAACCCCGCAUGGUUGUAAUUUUCCCUUUGCCUUGUUUCGUUUG